UCUUUUUUCCUUUUCCUCUGAAAAAGUGCAAUCCUUCACAGAAUAUAUUUGAUUAAAUUCCAAUGCUGCGUUCCUAGACUCUGCACCUUCGCCUUCCGAUCAAAAUGCAUAAAUUCUGCUGCUUCUGUUUCUUCUUCUUUCUCUACCUUUUCUCUUCGACGACGAUCGCUUCUUUCGACGAUUACACUGCCUUCGUCUACGUCGGCUGCUCGCAGUCAAAGCGCAUCGUUGAGUCUCCCUACAACACCAACGUUGAAUCCCUUUUCGCCUCCCUCGCCAACGCCGCCGCCAUCUCCUCCUACGAAUCCUUCACCUGCACCGCCGCCUCCGCCGCCAACCCCGCCUACGGACUCUUCCAGUGCCGCACCGACCUCGCCGUCGCCUACUGCGCCUCCUGCGUCCGCUCUGCCAUCGAUCAGCUCUCCUCCCUCUGCCCCGGCGCCACCGGCGCCGCCGUUCAGCUGAAGGGCUGCCUCAUCCGCUACGCCGACGACGCCUUCCUCGGAAAGCUCGAGACCAACCUUCUGUUCAAAAAGUGCGGGGCGCCGGCCAGCGACGCCAGCUCCGCCUCUCUCCUCGGCAUGCGCGACGCCGCCUUCGACGACCUCUCAUCCGGCGGGGGGAGCUACAGGGUCGGCGCCGCGGGGCGCGUGCGGGCGCUGGCCCUAUGCGUGGGGGACCUGACCGGGAAGCAGUGCGGCGAUUGCGUGGCGGCGGCGCUUGCUGAACUCAAGGACGCCUGCGGCGUCUCCGACGGCGGAGACGCGUACCUGGGCAAGUGCUACGCUAGUUACUGGUCCGAUGGGGCAUACGCUUUAGGGCAGUCCCGCGGUAAGCGGCCUUACGAUGGCCUGUGGUGGUCCGAUCUUUUUCUCCUUUGCUUUGCACAUUUAGUCACUUUAAUCUUCGCUUAAGAUGAAUGCUAAACCAUGAUUAGUUGUCACAGAAUGACUAGUUAAGUGUGCAUCUUAUGUUUCUAAUUAUUGUAAAUUUAAAUGUGCAUAUUAAUCUAAAAAUUAAGCAACUUUUCUCUCCCGCACACCUUAGCCGCUAAGUUAUUGUCUCACUUCACUUUUGCUUUUGUGAGAAUUUGUAAUGCUCUCUAACAACAGUUGGCA